AUGGUAGUAGUAGUAGUAUCCAUGUAUCAGCCACAGUGGAGCGUGUACGGGCCUCUAGACAUUGAUAAUUGUCGACUUCGGGAGGUACAUUCGUUAUUGUCCAAGGUGGGUGGUGUUGACGACAGCACUGAAGACAUCGAAAAUUGGAACGACGAUCAAAAUACAAAAGAUGACCCAGAUUUCGAAGUGUCUGACAAUGAAGUUGAAGAACCAGUUAUCAAGGAGAAUAUGCAACAACGGAAAUUGUCCGGAACUGCCGCGAAAUUAGGGUAUCCGAAUGCGUAUCAUCAUUGCACACUUCUGGCUAAUACUAAUAAACUCAACCUGGGAAAUUGUUUAAGCAAAGAAGAGGUUAAUUAUAUUAGCAAUUCUACGCAUUCAGUUCGCUCCCCAAUUAAAAAUUUAUGUGAAAUAAAUCGCAAUGUCAAUACAUCGCAGUUAAUAUCUUCAGUUGGUUAUGAAUACUUAAGAACUUUUGCUACAGAGUUGAGAGAUGGCGGAAAUCAACAAAUUAUGAAACAACGUGGUUUCCAGCUUAUCAAUCCUACAGAAAAAUGGUUCCCAGGAAUUGGUAACUUAAGAACAGAAUUCAAAUCUUGGGAGUGGAUAUAUGGUAAAACACCAAAGUUUUCAGUUGAAAAGGAGAUAUUCUUAAAAGAUCAGGAUAAAGAACAUAAAAUGGUUCUUAAUGUACAAGUGGAAAAAGGUCUGAUCCACAAUGUAACUAUUACGAUGCCAAAUCGAGAGCAACUACCGGUGGUAUCUAGCUUACAGCGCAAAUGUUACAAUGAAGAAAACUUAAGUAAAAUUAUAAAUGCUCUUAAAUUGGCAUCAACCGACAACAUAAUGCAAGCUAUAAACCGCCAUUAACAUAAUUGUAUAUUUUCUUAAUUUGCAAAUAAACUUAACCAAUAAUUAGUUAAAAUGAUUAUUAAA